UAAAGGGUUUUCUUUUUAGGACAGUUCAAACACACAAAGGACACACAGGGAGAGGGGACACACAGAGGACACACAAAGGACACAAACAGAAGAGGCGAUGGCUGAGUUCACAGCAGGGGUCCUGCUCCUGACAGUUUUUGUUGCAGAAUGGGCUCAAUCUCUGAUUGUGUUUGUGAGAGAAGGAGAAGAGGCAAUUAUCACGUGUCCAGAUGUUCCACCAGGACACAGUCAGUGCAAUAAGACCUCAUGGCAGUUUAUUUCAGCCUUUGGAGGAUUUGCAGGGCAUCUGGUUUUUCUGGGACAGAUCAGCUCUGAUGUCUCCCAUCUCCCAGGCAUGUCUGAGCGUCUCACACUGACAGAACAGUGUGGUCUGAAGAUCCAAGAUGUCCGCCCUCAGGAGGCUGGACUCUUCCACUGUCGGCUGUACCAAACACCAGGAGGAGCACCCAUCGCUCAGGCUUCAGUUCCUCUGUCUAUAGUCUCAUUGACUGAAGAAGUAGAGGAGCAGAGGGUGAAGCUCAUUUGUGCCGUCUCCUCUCGCUAUGGAGACACUGUGAAAUGGCUGUACAGGGGGAGAAAUAUGAACAAGAGCAGUCCAGAGAUCAUCACAUCAAUAAACAUCACAACUGUGUGGCGUGGGUCCAUCCUCACUGUUCCUAAAGGACAUUUCCUUCUCCAGGAGAAACAUCUGCUCAAAUGUGAAGUGACUCUUAGAGAUAAGACUGAGGAGUUCAUCUUCAAACCAAAGAGCGCAGAUAGUGUUCUCCUCACAGAGGGUCCAGGCGUGCUCUCCACAGAGGGUCCAGGCGUGCUCUCCACAGAGGGUCCAGGCGUGCUCUCCACAGAGGGUCCAGGCGUGCUCUCCACAGAGGGUCCAGGCGUGCUCUCCACAGAGGGUCCAGGCGUGCUCACAGGCACUGGUGAGCUGGUGAGACACGUGGUGCUUAGUCUGCUCCUCUCUGCUCUGCUCCUCAGUGUCACUGUGGUUCUCGUCUGCACCAGGAUCCAAGGGAGGAAAACUCAGACGGAUCGGACCAGAGUGGGCACAGUUGUUUAUGAGAACAUCGGAGAACCUUCCGUCAGGAUCAGAAUGCACGCCGCUCCCCCUGCUGCUCCACAGGCCCAAUGAUGAGUCCUGGUCCAGUCCUGAUUCAGAUUUGGUUUAGAUCUGGUUCAGACCUGGUUCAGAGCCACGUCUGAAUCUUUAAAGAGCGGGUAUUCUGCAUUUAUUUUUAUUUAUUACAUUUUUUGUACUUUUCUCCCAUGUUCGAAUGUCAUUAAAACCACGUCAGAAGAGGUUUUAGAUGUCAUCCAUGCAUAUUUGAGAAAUCUAGUGAUCUCUCCUGGGCCCUUUUCGAACCCUCCUUACAAUUAGCAGUACGAGCCUGUACAUGACUCCACCCACAAGCCUACGUCACGCAUGUUAAUACGUUGUUUUGGGUGAAUACAGCAUUUUUAAAACAAUAAAAGGGAACUGUGAUGUAAAUAUGUUAUAUGUUAAUACCCCAUAGAAGUAAAUACCCCCUCUUUAAACUGUGCGCUUCAUCUUUUACAUGAUUAUAUUGUAAUUGGCUUGAUUUUGUGUCUUGUGUUGUGAAAGUACUGUUUAUAAUGUAACUGUUGUUGUAUGUGAUGGUUCUGUGGUGAGUUACUGGUCAGUUGGAGACAGGUCAACUCACUGAGAAAUACAAAGUAGAAAUAAAAUACACUGUUGUGAACCUUCA